AUGGAAACUUUCUCUCACGUUCCCCCAGGUUUUAGGUUCCAUCCCACAGAUGAGGAACUUGUUGAUUACUACCUAAGAAAAAAAAUAGCUUCUAGAAGGAUUGAUCUUGAUGUCAUAAAAGAUGUUGACCUUUACAAAAUUGAACCAUGGGAUCUUGUAGAGCUUUGUAGGAUAGGAGCAGAAGAACAAAAUGAAUGGUACUUUUUUAGCCAUAAAGAUAAGAAGUAUCCAACAGGGACAAGAACAAAUAGGGCAACUGCAGCUGGAUUUUGGAAAGCAACUGGAAGAGACAAGGCAAUUUAUAGUAAGCAUGAUUUGAUAGGGAUGAGGAAAACAUUGGUGUUUUAUAAAGGUAGAGCUCCAAAUGGACAAAAGUCAGAUUGGAUAAUGCAUGAGUAUAGGCUUGAGUCAGAUGAAAAUGGUGCACCACAUGAAGAAGGAUGGGUUGUAUGUAGAGUAUUCAAGAAGAGAAUAACAACAACACAUCGCAAAAUGAAUGAACAUGACUCUCCUUGUUGGUAUGAUGAUCAAGUUUCUUUCAUGCAAGACAUGGACUCACCAAAUCAAACCUCUCGACCAAAUUUAAUUUACCAACAACUUCCAUAUCCUUGCAAAAAAGAGCUAGAUAAUUCACAGUACCAAAACCUUCCUCGAGACCAUUUUCUUAAUCUCCCUCUUCUAGAGAGUCCAAAGCUUCCUCAAUCUAAUCCAAUGGUGACAACGUAUGGUAAUAUAGAUCUUACAAAUUCCAUGCUUCCUUCACCAAUGCUACUACAAGAAGAACAUGUCUUGCAAUCUAAUCAACAACAAAACUUCCAUGCUAUGUUUGGAAACAAUUCUGAUGUCGAUGAUCAAGUUACCGAUUGGAGAGUUCUUGACAAGUUUGUUGCCUCACAACUUAGUCAAGAUGCCACAAAAGAAAGUGAUGACAACAUCUUUCAUGGCAAUGUAGAGUUCAGAAAUUUGGAGAAACAAGAAAUGGUGCCUCAUGAAAAUGCCUCAACAUCAAACUCAACUUGUCCUAUUGAUUUAUGGAAAUAG